GCCGAUUACAUGCUAAGUACAAUCCGGCGCACGCGUCGCUGUAUAGAAUAAACCCUACUGGCGUUACCCAUCGCUAUGUUAAAAAUGAAACUUAUAUGUUUACUGUGCGUGGUGGCUGCUUCACUAGCAGCACCGCAAAAGCCUGCAGACCAAGUCAUAGCAAUUCUGAAACAGGAAUUCGACCAACAAGCAGACGGAUCUUAUGUUUACAGUUACGAGACUGAAAAUGGCAUUAAAGCGGACGAGCAGGGAACCUUAAAGAAGGCGAGCGGCCCUGACAGCAACGAUGUUAUAGUGGCACAGGGAGCCUUCAGCUACACUGCACCUGAUGGGACGGUCAUCAAUCUUAAUUAUGUCGCUGACGAUGAAAAUGGUUUUAGACCUGAGGGUGCCCAUUUACCAACACCACCACCAAUUCCGCCAGCAAUACAGAAGGCUUUGGACUACCUUGCAACUUUACCACCUCCGCCCCCAUCAAGAGCUUAACCAAGCCCACGCUAAAGAACCGAAUCUCGACAACUCGACAAAACUGCACGGUGUACUCUAAUUUAAGUAAGCAAGCGAAAAAUAACAAAAAUAAAUGCUCAAAAAUCGAUCUGUGAUAGACCAUAUAUUGAUGUCAUGAAAUUAUAUACAUAUUUAUUAUUUAUUAAACGCAAAAUCAGUGCCAAAGAUGCAUUGCAAAUUA